GAUUUUUUCGCUCUUUUAGAGAGCCUGUAUGUGUUCAUGAGUGGAUCCGCAACACACUCCUUAUUCGUAGACGUUCAAAAAAGGCUUCGUUUGUCCGUCGUCGAACUGCAGCGCCUCAGCGAUACCCGGUGGGCCUGCCGGGUCGCUGCGUGCACGGCGGUAAUGAAGACUUUUCCUGCCAUUCUCGUAUCUCUCGCUGAAGUCAUUGCUACAAAGAGUAAGCGGGCAACUGAGGCGAGAGGUCUCCUUGAGCAGCUGAACAUCUCGUUUCUUUUUAACUUAUGCUUGUUCACCCGAGUCCUCAGCCGCUUGAAGAUCCUUUCCGACUUCCUGCAAAACAAAGAUUGCGAGCUGGCUCGAGCGUGCCUCAUGGCGCGUGCUGCCAUUGAUGAGUUUGCCGAUAUGAGGAAUUCGGAACAAGCUUUUGAAUCUGUCUGGGCCGAGGGGUGUAAGAUUGCCGAAGAAAACGGAGUGCCGUCGAGACAAGCAGGUAGAGAGACGCGUCUACCUGCUCAUUUGCAGCAGUAUGUACUCAGUGAAGGUAGAGCAAUUGAAGACGAGCCUUGCGAGGCAAAGGAAGCUUUUAGGGUAAGGGUGUUCCUUCCAGUAUUUGACCACAUUCUUGCCGAGCUGGAAAGAAGGUUGACUGGAAAUAAUGAUGUCCUCAGCGGAAUGACUGCCCUCCACCCACGAAGCAAGAGCUUUCUAGACAUUUGUUUACUGAAGCCAUUUGCUGAGCACUAUUCGUGCGACAUCGAGAGCGUUGAAGUUGAGUGCAAGCUAAUUGGGAAAGUUCUUCAGCGCAUAGAAGCUGAGAGAAAGUGCGAGGUUAAGACACUGCUGCAGUUUGUAGCAGUUCUGGAAGAAUUUAAGAUCGCCUUCCACGAGCUACACAAGCUAGCUGUUAUCGCUAUUACCAUACCAGCGUCGUCUGCAUCUUGUGAGCGCACGUUUUCAUGUCUGCGGAGAGUGAAGACCUAUCUUCGCAACAGGAUGGCCAAUAACCGACUAAGCGAUCUAGCUGUGCUCGCGGUUGAGCGAUCUCUCGCUAACAAGAUAGAUCUUCGGUGUGUCGUCGACAUGUUCGAUGCUUCUCACAAUAACCGACGCAUACGGCUUCAUUGAUAUGCGUGCAUGACCAAAUUCAUCGGCCAUUGGGUCGCUUGUUAAGUAAACUCUUGUUUUACGCUUUGUGGCCUGUAUGCUUCGACUCUGCUCACAAAGCUUUGCAUCCCAUGACCUUGUGUUUCGCGUUUUGUAAUCGGCACAUUUAUAUAUGUAUAUAUUUUUUUUUUCUUUUUUUCAAUUUUGAUCGCUUGAAUUUUUCUAUUCGCAUGACUUUAGGCUUGGCAUUGUAUUGGUACAUCUCGAUGUUACUGCCUUGAACCGUUGUGCGUCUAUGACCGCUUCGCGUUUUGUGAUUUUCAUAUUUCGAUCUUGCUUUCUUUAACCGCGUUGUGUCGCUAUUAUCUUGUGCUUCGUGUUCCUUGAUCUGCAUAUUUCGAUCUGGCUCCCUUGAACCGUCUUGUUCCUAUGACCUUAUGCUUCGCGUUUCGUGAUUUGUAUAUUUCACUCUUGCUCACCUGAACUGCGUUGUGUCCCUAUGAGCUUGUACUUCGUGUUUGGUGAUCUGUAUAUUUCGAUUUUUCUCCCUUGAACCGCUCUGUUCUAUAUCACAUUAUGCUUCUCGUUUCGUGAUCUGUAUUCUUCAAGUUUGCUCCCUAGGACUACUGUAUUCAUAUGACCUUCUAUUUCGCGUUUCCUGACUGAUGCGGAAUAUUUUGGGGGGUCCGAAAAUUAUUUCGGGGAGUGUUUUGUUUCUAAUUAUUCAGAAUGGGCUUGUUGUAAAUAAAUUGAGUCUUUAAAAACGUUCUUCCCUAAUAUGUAUGUAUUAUUUUAUACUGCUUGCUAUUCCUGCGUUAUAUAACGACACUUUUUAAAAUAUAAUAGAUUCAAUUAUUCAAAUAUGUCAGAAUCGUAAAAUUUUGUUCUAAUUCGUUGGCUGCGAGUAAGUAUUUCUACUUAUUCGCAGCCAACGCUCGCUGCUUUGCGACUGAAGUAUGGCUGAGAUCGUACACGACAGAUUAUGCUUUCCAGUGACACAUUUUUUUAAUCUUUUUUCCUCACCUGUUUUUUUUUUUUUUUUUUUGCAGUCUGACGCACAAAACAGAACGCAAAACAAAUUCCAUACCUGAUGUUUUCAAUUCAAAAGCAAAACAAAAUUUCGGCGGGUUGAAAUGCAGAAUUAUUACUGAAUAAGUGAGGCGAUGUGGGGUAGUUGGUGCAUACAGACGAAAGGGCAAAAAGCGCACAAAAAUACAGACAAAGUAGAAGAGGUGUACACAGUACAAGCGCUGCUUGCCCUUGUGUCAGAAUUAUAACGAAGGACAUCUUACGCAUGCAGGUAAGGAACUGAGGACAACUUCAUAUUUGAUGAAAGCGUACAACCGAAAUAUCAAUUGCUGAGCCUUCGUCGCAGAACGGUCGCACAGUGGCGGUAUUCGAGUUGGUUAAGCCAAGUUUCAUUAAGCAGCCAAACGGUAAGUUAAACAUACACAAA